GCACGGCUCCCUGGCAGCGGGGCGGAGAGCGGAGCGGGGCCCGGCACCGCCGCUUGGAAACCUCCGAGGAAAAGCAGGGCAGGGCUCACCUUUCAGCUAGGUUUCCUUCGCUUUCUUAUUUUUUCAGAUGCGUUACUGUGCCUGUAGAGAUUUCGUUGCUUCGCCUCAGACGUUUGUGACUCUGGGGGAAGGAUCAUGACCGAAGUCCUUCUCUCUGCUGCUCUGAACGGAACUGAACCCAACCUGUUAUCCAGCAGCGGCUGGUCUGCGGGAAACGUCACCACCAAGUGCUCCCUGACCAAAACCGGCUUCCAGUUCUAUUACCUGCCCACCGUCUAUAUUCUGGUCUUCAUCACUGGGUUUUUGGGYAACAGUGUGGCUAUAUGGAUGUUUGUCUUCCACAUGAAGCCUUGGAGUGGCAUCUCAGUUUACAUGUUCAACUUGGCACUAGCCGAUUUCUUGUACGUCUUGACUCUGCCCGCCCUCAUCUUCUACUACUUCAACAAAACAGACUGGAUCUUCGGCGACAUCAUGUGCAAGCUGCAGAGGUUCAUCUUCCACGUGAACCUGUACGGCAGUAUCCUGUUCCUCAUGUGCAUAAGCGUGCACAGGUACACGGGAGUGGUGCACCCCUUGAAGUCGCUGGGSAGGCUGAAGAAGAAGAACGCGAUGUACAUCAGCAGCCUGGUCUGGGUCCUUGUGGUGGCCGUGAUUUCUCCAAUUCUCUUCUACUCGGGAACGGGGAUAAGGAAAAACAAAACCAUAACGUGCUACGAUACGACGGCUGAYGAUUACCUGAGAAGUUACUUCAUUUACAGCAUGUGCACCACAGUGCUGAUGUUCUGCAUCCCCUUCAUAGUGAUUCUCGGUUGCUAUGGGCUCAUCGUSAAAGCUUUGAUUUACAAAGAUUUGGACAAUUCUCCUCUCAGGAGAAAAUCGAUUUACCUGGUCAUUAUUGUGUUGACGGUCUUUGCGGUGUCUUACCUUCCCUUCCAUGUGAUGAAGACCUUAAAUCUAAGGGCCAGGGUGGAUUUUCAAACCCCAGAUAUGUGUGCCUUCAACGAUAAGGUUUAUGCCACUUACCAAGUGACCAGAGGCCUGGCCAGYCUCAACAGCUGCGUCGACCCCAUCCUUUAUUUCCUGGCGGGKGACACCUUCCGACGGCGGCUUUCCAGGGCCACCAGGAAAUCAUCCAAAAAGAGYGAGCACAACGUGCAGUCCAAGAGCGAGGAAAUGACUCUCAAUAUUUUAACAGAGUAUAAACAGAACGGAGAUACCAGUUUGUGAACAAAUGCAGAAGAUUUAGGAAYGGUUCGAAAAAAUCCUCCGCUUCGAGGCAGUAGGAGACUGUAGGGCUUACAAGUAUAAGGGCUUACAAGUGUGAGGAAGAUCUAUCAGUCUCAGACAUUUUUUUAGGUAAAGCCUCAUUUUCUGGUCUUAGAAAAAGCUUACGAAAGUCAGUGGAAGAAUUUUAAUGGCAAAUAAUGUGUCAAAAUUCAGCUUUCCUUCAAAAGUUUCAUUUAUUUCUGACUUGUGUCAGAUAAAGUAAAAUUAAGUCAAUCCCCUGUUGGAGGAGAGCAAUCCAAGUACAUCUGGUUUAAUGACUUAGUGUCCCAUGUUUGAGAAUGUUCUCAGUCAGCCUGUYUUUAAAAAUAGAAAAUAACAGUAAGAGCAGUAUCUUGUCUUCUGAGGCUCAACCGUAGACCAAGCCUUCUGCUCACUCGCUGUCGUGCACAAGGAUUUAAAUCGAAGUCAUGACGCAGUUAUCAUUUACAGUUUUAGUAUCUYUUCAUCUACUUCUAGUGCUGAUAAUUACUUGAUAGUUUGGUGGCAUUUAUGGUUCAGUGCUCUUUCAGUGCCGGUGUUUUACUCAAGGUAGGCUUUACUGGUGUGUGCAUGGUUGUGCUUUCGGAUCGCGAUGGUUGUUCAUGACAAACCUGGCCCCGCUCAGCGGCCGAGGGCUCCCCAGUGCCCGUGCCAUGGGUAGUGGCUGUGUCCCAGUCCUGGUGGGCAGUGGGCAGUGCCCGCGUCCUGGCGGGCAGUGGCUGUGUCCAUGUCCUGGUGGGCAGUGCCCAGGUCCUGGUGGGCAGUGGCCAUGUCCUGGUGGGCAGUGGCCGUGUCCCCGUCCUGGUGGGCAGUGCCCGUGCCCCGGGUCCUGGUGGGCAGUGGCCGUGUCCCCGUCCUGGUGGGCAGUGGCCAUGUCCUGGUGGGCAGUGGCCGUGUCCCCGUCCUGGUGGGCAGUGGCCAUGUCCUGGUGGGCAGUGCCCCGGGUCCUGGUGGGCAGUAGCCAUGCCCCGGGCAUGCAGGCGCUGCUGGGCACAGGGAUGAGGCCGUGCAGGGUCAUGGCUCAGGCUGGCCAAGGGCUCCCUGGUGCCCGUUCCCCGGGUCCUGGUGGGCAGUGGCUGUGUCCCAGUCCUGGUGGGCAGUGCCCGUGCCCUGUGUCCUGGUGGGC